AUGGUCCUGUGUGGCUCCAAAGGUUCCUUCAUUAACAUAUCACAGAUGAUUGCCUGUGUGGGACAGCAAGCCAUCAGUGGCUCCUGGGUUCCAGAUGGCUUUGAAAACAGAUCUUUGCCUCACUUUGAGAAGCAUUCGAAGGUGAAUGCUGAGACAGUACGGUACUCCAUUUGCACAUCCAAGCUCCGAGUGAAGCCUAGUGAUGUGGCUGUUCAUGGUGAGGCCGUGGUAUGUGUCACACCCAGGGAAAACAGCGAGAGCUCCAUGUAUUAUGUGCUACAGUUUCUGAAAGAGGAUCUACCCAAGGUGGAGAAAACUCUGGGCAUUGAGGCUGCCUGGACAACCAUCAUCAACGAGAUCCAGUACACGAUGGUCAACCAUGGCAUGAGCAUCGACAGGAGGCACGUGAUGCUGCUCUCGGACCUGAUGACCUACAAGGUGUGAGAGAAGGGAGGCUCCGGGCUGUCAGGGGUCGUGGAACCCACGGUCUGUCAAACAGCCAGAGAGGGUAAACAGCAUAGAAAGCACAUCAAGACGAAGUGAAAAAAAGUGAGGAGGGUUAGAAUGGGAGAAGCCCAUGCACAAGCCAGAGUAUAUCUGUCGGACACCAGGACUGAAACCCAGCACCCACCACCCACACCUUUGCAGCCUGGGCACAGCCUCUGUCCCCCACACUACAGGAAAUGUCCCAUCUCUCUGCGUGGAGUACUCCACUCCAACGUUAGCUCUCACUGUGUGUUGGGGUUAGUUUGUCUCUUUGCCUCUCUGUCCUGGAGUUGUCUUUGGCUUCAACAUAGAAUGCGUCUACCUUCAACUUCCUUCCUGUAAAAUCAUAGUCCUAGCAUAGAAUCUUGGAGCUUUUAAGACUUGAACUGAAUCCAGGUGGUGUAUGUCCAUGCCUUUAAUCCCAGCACUCUGGAGGCAUGGUCCUUGAGUGACCAGGCGGGAGAUCUGGGCUCCUCACAACACUUGAGUGCUUGUGCACUGUGCCAUUUUUCUCCUGGCUUCUGAAAACACAGGCAGGUUUCAGGGCUCUGGACCACAUUGCAUCUUGUGCCACUGUGAAUAUUCCUGAAGAAGUAGUCUCUGUUUUCCCCAGAAGAAUGUGAGGGAGACAGAGGAAACUUUCCCCUGACUGUUUACACAGUCACAUCUCUACAGAGUGAUGAGAAAGGUAAGAUCCACAGAGGGGGCAUCUCAGCCUGGCCCAAAAUGUUUGGGUUGUCCCUUGGUUCCAGGCAUAAUCUUUCUGUUUGGGCCUCAGAGUGGUCUGUCCAUCCUCUAUGCCUUGUCACUAUGCAAGUUCACUUGUGUUCAUCUACCCACAGAGACUGCAAUGGAGUCAUCAUCCCACCCAACCCUCCUCACCAAGAAACAGGUGAAGAAGGAAAUGGAGAAGCUGAUCAUAGUGGUCUAUGCCAGAAACCUUUGGCUCUGAUUCUUGUGUUGGGGGCCAGGCUUGCAGACAGAAAUAGGGGGAAGAAGGGAAGAAGUGUCACUACCAAUUGUCCUGGAUCUAGCUCUAUGAAGCACCCUCUCCUGUAAAAUUGUAAUGGGGCCUUGUGAAAAGUUUAAGAACAAGAGGCUUCUGUAGUCCUUGAUUAGGGGGAUUCUGCAGCAAAGUGGCCACCUGAACUCAUAUGAGGGACAAUGUCAUAGAAACCUUGGACAAUUAGGCAGGGAUUCCAGGCAGGUCUGCUGGGCUCCAGGACCCUUCCCUUGAUGCUAAAUUCAGAGGGAAUUGGAGCUUGAAUUCACUUCCUUCCACAUAUUUAGUUUGUUGUAUUUUUGGUGCUGAGGAUGGAAACAGGCCCUUCCAUGUGCUCUAUCACAGAGCCAUACCUCCAAUCUGAUUUGACAGUUCUUCUGUUCCUUCUUGAAAAUUUCUUUUCUCUACUUAUUUUUACAAAUUAUUAUUCUGUGUAUGAUCACAUGGGGAAUGCAGAAGACAACUUUGUGUCAUCUCAUUUUUCUUUUCACUCCAUGUUAAGAAGUUUGGAUUGAAGAUUUAAUUUAAGAUCCUUUAGCCUCAAAUAUAAAACUUAAAUAAAUACAGUCCAUAGAAUUGAACUUUAUUUUAUUUUUUACUCUUUCAUGGUGUACCAUAAUAGAAUAUCACAGUUUCUUUUAUGACUCAGUUUAUGCAAAGAGCUAAAGCUUAACAAAGUUGGGAAAGACAAAGAGGCUAGAUAUAAUAUCUUCAAGUGCAUUUCUGCUAGCCUAAAUAGACCUUAGGUACUUAAGAGCCCUAUUUAUCAAAUAUACUAAAUUUAUCAAUCACAUAUUUGUUUCUUAUUUAAAUUUUUCUAGAAGCCUAGUGUUCAACAGUUAACAAAUACAUAAGUGGUUAUACAUAAAUCUUUAUGUCAGGUUCUUCUAUCCUGAAUAGACUUAUAUUUCCUUAGGGAUAUCUCAUGAUAUUAAAUUCCAUCUUUCUCCAAAAUAUUUUGAGGAAAAGUGAUUGCCUAUUUAGUCUAUAAAGGAGAUAUAAUAAUAACCAAAGGGGACAGUAGGAAUAAUAACUUUUAUACAUGCUGCCUAUAUAUAGAUUUUAAAAGUGAUAACCUUUUGUUACAAGUUUUCAGCUAAUUUUUGUUAUGCAUUUUACAAAUUUUAACCAAGCCCCAGGAAUUUAGAAAUCCAAAGUUAAAGAAAUUACAUCAUAAGGUAUUAUUUUUUGAGAUUAAGGGGCAAAGAAAUUUAGAGAUAAAAUAUGUUAGAGUACAAAGUAGAUAGAGCUUAGAGGUUUUCAUCUCUUCAUUACACUUUUUUAAAAUUUAAAACACUUUUGUAACGAUUCUUUUCUAUCAGUGUAAGCCAGUUUCCAUUUUUAGUAUAACUCUAUCCUUCAUGUGCAAAUAUAUACAUGAAGUGAGUUAAAAGUAACCUAUUACUGAGCAAUGUCUAAUAAAAACUAAUGGAAUAUAGUAAGUUUUGACUGUUGAGCUGUACAGUCAGGGGAAGGUGCUAUCCAUUUUGUGGAAUAUGGGGAAUUUGUAUAUAUUUGCUCCUUGUCUUUUUGAAGAAAAAUCUGUAAAAUCACUAAGAGCAAACACUACAGGAUUUUUAGAUGCAAUUUUAGGUCAUACUCAUUGAGUAUCUUCAAAAACUCUUAAAAUUGAUGUACUGGGUAGUGAUUAUCUAUAGACCCGAGUAACAUGCUAAUGCAAUCUGCCAGUGGUCAUCAAUUUAAAUCAAAUAAGGUGCAUAUUAUCUACUGGCAGUAAUUUCUGUAGGCUCCAUACUAGGAAGUUGUUUAAAAGGUAUCCUUUCCAUUAUCAUUAAGUCUAUCAUUUCUUGGUAAUAAGGAGAUGCAGGUACUUGUGGAGAAUCAUACCUCACAGAAAUGUCUAUAAUACUGUUACCAUCUGGACAUAUACUUCCAGUAGGAAAUGAACACUCAUUUUCCCACAUGGAAGUACUGAGGCAUUUCCAAGCAUUCAGAGAAUUCAAGGGUGCUGAAGGAUUUCCCUUGAGUCCCAGGAGAGAUUCCUGGAAUGGGAAACCUGACUUCUGGAGAGUUAUGAGGAGAUCUGGUUAGUAGGGAGGCAAUGUCAGUUCCCCCAUGACAUCAGGGGUGUCUCAUGCCUGGACAUUCUAUUGUAUCCUGGAGACUUAGAAUGUUUUCUGAUGUCAUCUGUGUUGUAGCGCUACCAACUGCCUUUGGGGAGUUGGUUCAGUGCCCUUACAGUUCAGCCAUGAACAUGUUGGGAAGACUCAGGAGUCUGUUGGAUCGAGAGAAGGGAGAGGGAAGAGAGAUUGGAGAGAGGCAGAUACAAGCUGACCUUCAGCCUCCAUGUAAAAUAUCAAGAAAGAAAUGGUCCAGAAGAUGGUACAGUAAGUCUUGGGCAGGAGAUUGGGAUCUUCCUGCAGGACAUGGGCUUGAGCUGAAUAUUUCAGUAACAGGACACAGGAGGUAGGAGUCUCUGUGAACCAACUGGACUUCCCUCCUUGUCAUGGCUCCUGAAAUUCAAGGAUUCCAGAAGAGUAAUUUGUCUGUCCCAGAAGUCAGGAGUGAGUAAGGCCAAAGCUGUUGUGCUGGGAG